AUGGAGUGCGGAAAGAGCUUCAGACAGUCUUCAAACCUUACUAGACAUCAACAGAUUCACACAGGGGAGAAACCAUUUAAAUGCAUGGAAUGUGGAAAGAGCUUCAGACAGUAUUUACACCUUACUGUACAUCAACGAAUUCACACAGGGCAGAAACCAUUUAGAUGUAUGGAGUGUGGGAAGGGUUUCAUUAGGAGGGCAAGCCUUACUCAACAUAAACGGACUCACACAGGGGAGAAACCAUUUAGGUGUAUGGAGUGUGGAAAGAGCUUCAGGCAGAGUAAUAACCUUACCAAACAUCAACAAACUCACACAGGGGAGAAACCAUAUAAAUGUUUGGCGUGUGGAAAGAGCUACACUGAAAAUCGGUCACUUGCAAAACAUCAACAAACCCACACAGAGGAGAAACCAUAUAGAUGUAUGGAGUGUGGGAAGGGUUUCAUUAGGAGGGCAGGCCUUACUCAACAUAAACGGACUCACACAGGGGAGAAACCAUUUAGGUGUAUGGAGUGUGGAAAGAGCUUCAGGCAGAGUAAUAACCUUACCAAACAUCAACAAACUCACACAGGGGAGAAACCAUAUAAGUGUUUGGCGUGUGGAAAGAGCUACACUGUAAGUGGGUCACUUGCAAAACAUCAACAAACCCACACAGAGGAGAAACCAUAUAGAUGUAUGGAGUGUGGGAAGGAUUUCAGUGAAGCUGGAAAACUUAAAAGACAUCACCGAACUCACACAGGGGAGAAACCAUAUAGAUGUAUGGAGUGUGGAAAGAGCUUCAGGCAGAGUAAUAACCUUACCAAACAUCAACAAAUUCACACACGGGAGAAAGCAUAUAAAUGUUUGGCGUGUGGAAAGAGCUACACUAAAAGUGCGUACCUUGCAAAACAUCAACAAACCCACACAGAAGAGAAACCAUAUAGAUGUAUGGAGUGUGGGAAGGGUUUUAGUGAGGGUGGAAAACUUAUAAGACAUCACCGAACUCACACAGGGGAGAAACCAUAUAGAUGUAUGGAGUGUGGGAAGGGUUUCCGUGAAGGUGGAAAACUUACAAGACAUCACCGAACUCACACAGGGGAGAAACCCUUUAGAUGUACAGAGUGUGGAAAGAGCUUUAUUCACAAUGGAGCACUUAUUGUACAUCUACGAACUCACACAGGGGAGAAACCCUUUAGAUGUAUGGAGUGUGGAAAGAGCUUCAGUCAGAAAGGAAACCUUAAAAAACAUCAACAAACACACAGGGGAGAAACCAUAUGA